AUGCCAUUUUUUCUAUCGGUGAUAAUUUCUACCUUAUCACUAAUCUCGUAUACCUGGUUCAAGUUAUCACUAUAUGAUCCUACCUUAUCACUAAUCUCGUAUACCUGGUUCAAGUUAUCACCAUAUGAUCCUACCUUAUCACUAAUCUCGUAUACCUGGUUCAAGUUAUCACCAUAUGAUCCUACCUCAUCACUAAUUUCGUAUACCUGGUUCAAGUCAUCACCAUAUGAUCCUACCUUACGACUAAUCUCGUAUACCUGGUUCAAGUCAUCACCGUAUGAUCCUACCUUAUCACUAAUCUCGUAUACCUGGUUCAAAUUAUCACCAUAUGAUCUUCAAUUUAGGCCAUUCAUGACUGAUUUCUUCUAA